AUGAGACUGAGGUCUUUGAGGACAGCACAUGAACACUCACACACACACACACACACACACACGCUUUAUGCGACUCUGCUCGGUCGCACAGCCCGUUUAGUGGCCUUCGCCGUGCGAGUUCCGAGACGGGCAUCCUGGGUCAGCAGGGUUCGCCAGAACCCGAGUGCAACCCGGCGCGUCCGGCCUGCCGAGUCACGGUGCCGGAAACCCCAUCUCCCCGGCUCCGCCCUGCAGCGAGCGAGCGCCUGCGAGGUUCGAGACCGCCGUGACUCAGCCGAUCUCCCGGAGGACGACGGCGAGGAGCAACACGCUUCGGGCAAAGGCCACCCGGCUGCUGUGAGAUGUUCCACUGAGCGGUUCCUGAAAGCGGAGACCCAGACGAGACAGGGAGCACAAAACCAGGGCCCUCACUGGGGACACGUCAAGCGUAUCCUUGAAGGGCUCGAGCUAACUCCAACAGUUUUAGUGCAGGGCUCCCUCCAACGCGGCUCGAUGUUGACAAGAAGCAGCGAGCUGAAGGGCUGCCAACGCUCUCUCGUAAUCCUGCCAGUGCUGCUCCCGUCACCUGACACCUGUCUGCCGGGACUCAGAACUUCUACGGGAAGGUGCUGUCUGUCCAGUGGGCCCAAAGACCUCACAGUGUUCAUCGUCCAGAACUUUCCAUCGCCUCCCUUUGGGGUCCUCUCCCACGGCACAUUUCCGGUCCUCUUCCAGGUUCUCCACGCACCCCUUCGCUCCGACCCAAGUGUUGGUCUCCGACGGGUGGUAACUGUUAUAAGGUGUAACACAACAUUAGGUGAUGAUCUAUGAUAUAUAAUUACUUUGUAAACAAUUACAUUGGUCUUUCCAGUUUUGCACAGGAAAGAACACAAAAUGCGCAAAGUUGUCUCGAACCCAGCCCAAGGAUUAACUGGCUGCUCUGUCUGCCCGCACUCCAUUCCUGAAAGACAAGAGAAAUAAUUUUAAGGGAAAUAAUGUCAUCCAUAAACAAUUCAAAUUUUUUCACACACAUGGAACAUCGCCAAUCCAUCCUUUUGAGCAAAAUUAUCUAUGUACUGUAUAUACAGCGGGUACCGAAACAGGGACGGUGAUGCACAGUCCCCGAAAAAAUUAAGAGAAAUUUAAUAACAUAAGGGUUGCCGCGGUAGUGUAGCAGUUACCGAUGUUCCCUCACUGCUCUUGGGUUCUGGGUUCAGUCUCGAUUCAAAUCCAGCUCACUUUGUGUGGAGUUGGCGUGUUCGCACCGAGCUCCCGCGGCUUUCCUCCCACAGUCCGCAGACGUCGGUUUCAGGUGAGCUGGCGACUCUAAAAUUGCUCAUCGCGAAUGAACGGGUGUGUGCGGUUGUGGUGUGACGCCGGUGCAUCCUGCCUCGUGCCCUAGACUUCCAGUAUAGGCGCUGGUCCUACGACCUUGCAUUAAAACACGCUGUUGAUGAAAACGUGGGGUAUAAUUUUGCUUGAAAGUAAUUGAACCCGAGGGGGGCACGGUGG